GCCCCACCCCACCGGCCUAUACCGGAAAUGAGGUCAGAAGGGGGAACCCCGGCGGGGAGACUCGGCCAAAAAGCGGAGGCCGGUGGAGGUACCUGCGGCAGCUGAUGUGGCCUCAUGGAUGAGCUGGUACAUGACUUAGCCUCAGCCUUGGAGCAGACAUCUGAACAGAAUAAGCUUGGUGAGCUGUGGGAGGGUAUGGCCUUGAGCCCUCGGCAGCAGAGGCGGCAGCUUCGCAAACGGAGAGGCCGGAAGCGCCGUUCAGACUUCACUCACCUGGCAGAGCAUACCUGCUGCUACAGUGAGGCCUCUGAGUCCAGCCUGGAUGAGGCCAUUAAGGACUGUCGAGAAACGGCCCCAGUCACCAAUUUUAGUGAUUCUGAUGACACAAUGGUAGCCAAACGGCACCCAGCUCUCAACGCCAUUGUUAAGAGUAAGCAACAUUCUUGGCAUGAAUCUGACUCCUUUACCGAAAAUGCACCCUGUCGACCACUCAGGCGCCGGCGGAAGGUGAAGCGAGUGACAUCAGAGGUGGCUGCCAGCCUUCAGCAGAAGCUCAAGGUGUCAGAUUGGAGUUAUGAGAGAGGAUGUAGGUUCAAGUCUGCUAAGAAGCAGCGUCUGUCACGCUGGAAGGAGAAUACCCCCUGGACCUCGUCAGGCCACGGAUUGUGUGAAUCAGCAGAAAAUAGGACUUUCCUCAGCAAAACAGGAAGGAAAGAAAGGAUGGAGUGUGAAGCAGAUGAACAGAAGCAGGGCUCUGAUGAGAACAUGUCAGAAUGUGAAACCAGCAGUGUGUGUAGCAGCAGUGACACAGGGCUCUUCACAAAUGAUGAAGGACGGCAAGGGGAUGAUGAGCAGAGUGACUGGUUCUAUGAAGGAGAAUGUGUCCCAGGAUUCACUGUCCCUAAUCUCCUGCCCAAGUGGGCUCCUGAUCAUUGCUCGGAAGUAGAAAGAAUGGAUUCUGGACUCGAUAAACUUUCAGAUUCCACGUUCCUUUUACCUUCUCGGCCAGCUCAAAGAGGGUACCAUGCUCGCUUGAAUCGUCUGCCUGGAGCUGCAGCUCGAUGCCUCAGAAAGGGGCGAAGAAGGCUUGUUGGGAAGGAGACCAACAUAAGUACUUUGGGUGCUGAGAGGAUAGGCCACAUCAUUAGUGACUCUCGGCAGAAAGAAAAGAAUAAAGCGUUGGCUUCUGAUUUUCCUCACAUUUCUGCUUGUGCACAUGAGUUUAAUCCCCUUUCUCCUCUUUAUUCCCUGGACGUUCUUGCUGAUGCCUCUCACCGAAGGUGCUCACCUGCACACUGCUCUGCCAGACAGGCAAACAUACACUUGGGACCCCCGUGUUCACGUGACAUCAAGAGGAAACGGAAACCUGUGGCCACAGCAUCUCUUUCUAGCCCAAAUGCAGUUCAUGUGGAUGCGAUGGAGUCAACUGCACUGGCGUCGCAGGCCCCGAAAUCGCCAAACUCCGAGUGGCUGGUCAGGACCUCUGCCGCAGAGAAAGCUGCUGAUUCAGCUGCAGCUGCGUUUUUUAAAAUGCCACAAGAAAAGAGCCCUGGAUGCAGCUAGAGAGCAGCAUUUCACCCACCAGGAGCCAGCGAGGUGUUGUGAAACAAACAUUAGACUGUGUGUUAUGUAGUCUUGCAUAUCUUGAUGGACAUUCCCAGCCCAUUCACCACCAGGACUGGGUCCUUCCUCUUCGAGCAAAGCAGUGGACUCUUUCUGUUAGAAAAUCUUGUUGUGGAAAUCUGUUUUUUUAAAAAAAGUGAAGUAUUGGGGCAGCAAUUUUUUUUAAAAGAGGGCCAUCCUAGGCUAUAUUUGUUACAUUGCUAUUGCUGUCUCAGCAGUUACCUACAGCUCCCUUUACAGAGCUGUUGCUUUUUUGGCAGGUGUGUCUUUUCUCGAAAAACUAGUAACUGCUUUUGCAUACUCUGUGUCGAGCUUUAAUAUCAUUUAAGGAAGUCCCAAAUGGUAUUCAGUCAAGACCUGUGUGUGGAAUGGUUUUUUCAGGAGGCAAGGCUUGCCUUUGAGCCCGGCCUCGAUUCACUCAGAGUGCCAAUCAGAUAAAUCCACCAAGGUCUCAGUUUGGAGCCUCAGAAGACAACACCAGCAGCGCGGGACUUGGGAACUUCUUCUAGUCUUCUUGAUGGCCUCGUGAGCCCGCCAGCAACUGCACUGUAUUUUGCCUCAUCUCCACAAUUCAUUUUCUAUUUAGAUACAUAUAUGUGCAAAUUGGUGUAAUGAAGAAGGUGUUUUAGCUGUACAGCAAACUUAAAUAGUCAGUGGAUUGUGUCUUCAUACUUCAUGUUGCAGUGUUAGCCUUUAUGUACUAAAUGGGACUUUUACUGUUAGUUUACAGGUCAAUAACCUGCAGCAGAAAUUCAUACGCUAUUAUAAUAAUGGCUUCUUGGGGCCAUACUUUGGGGAGGAAAAAUGUCUUUUGACAUGCCUUUUUUCUUGGCCUGUUCAUCACGGCUCAGCUGCAUGUAGAGUUAUGUAUAUAGCCAUGCCUGACGUUGGAUGCUACUUUGUCAAAAUGAGGAAUAAGUGACUGCCUAGAGCUGCUGGAGAAAAGCCACCCUUUCUAAAAUGGUAUUAUCAAACGUGCCUGUCAUUCAGGGGCCUGGUUGAUAGAAGGGCUCUCUUGUGGUACAAAUUGAGUACAUUCACUCUGAAAUGUACAGAAACUGCUCUCUGGGUGCCACUGCUCUGGUUAUGUUCUAGAGGACCCCCACUCUGGCACCUGGGUAGUUUCUGUGCUUAAAUAGGUGCUGAGUGGGACAGAGCCUCCUUUCCCUGAAGUGCAGAUGUCCCUCUUUCUCACACAGAAUGUAAUGGCAGGCUGCUCUGGCAUGUUCCCUGUAAAAAUCAACGAUAGCUCCAGAAUUUCCUUGUCUGUGGUAGGUGUAAAUAAUUGGAGAGGGAAACUUAAGCUGAGCUUACAUAGCACUCUAUGUAAGAUUGAGGACAGGUCACUUGUCCAUAACAGGGAUACAGUGGAGGGAGCGGCAGAUGCAGGUCAUGGGGGAGGAGUCAUGCUCUAGCCAGCCCAGCAUCCCUGGCAGCUGCCCUGGUUCUCCUGUCAUAGUGAGGGUACUUCCCUCCCCUAUAGGCUGCACCCACGGUAGUAUAGAAGACGCAGUGUCUGUUGAAUACAAAAUGGCACUACUGAAUUGUUUAGUGAUGAGGGUAGGUUUUAUUGUCAUGUGCAUUCUUACCUAGUCCCCAUAGUGUUCUGAGACAUACAUUUCUAACGUAGUUUGUUGGAUUUAAGGGAGAAAUCUAUGGACAUAAUUUUAUUGUCUUUGCACUAAGUUCUGUGGUUCGUGCAGAGAUUGGUCGUGUGAUCAUGGCCUAUUAAGACCUCCAAAUUUCAGGUCGAAUCUUUUAUGGCAUGUUGCUUGACAGUUCUCCUUUUUACCUGUGAUUAGAAGUAAUUUAUAAAUACAAUUUUACAUUUUAAACACCUUUGUAACAUAAAGGUAGGUGACUGUUGCCGUUUUUAUAGAGACGAGCAGUAACAGUUUAGUGACUGGCCCAGAAUCACUUAAGUCAGGAUUAAAAUCCCAGACUUUCAUACUUUCUCUGCUCUGGGUUAUAAUCUUUUGUUUUUCAUUGAUAGACCUGUGAGUCACUCUGAGACCCAUGUUUUUGAAACAGUGUGCUGUGAAUAUUUUUCAUCUUUCUUGGCCAUGCUUUUCUACAUAUUUUGAGUACUAUCUACUGGGAUCACCCCAAAAUGCCAUAUCUACCUAUAAGAAGUAGGGAAGAAAAUUGCCUAAAACAAUUGCCUAAGAAAAUAGCAAUUAAGCACACAAGUACUUUGCAACACAGGUCUAUAGAUUGUGUUCCUUGCGUUUAGCUGCUGCGUGAGCACGCUUACAGAUUUGUUAUCCAACGCAUUCUGCUUGUUUUCUGUACGAAUCAAUUUCAGAAGAAUAACUUAGAAUUGAGUGUAUUUUGAAUUAAAAAUUUUAAAUCUCCUUUUUAUAUGGCAAAGUGUAUAAUGUUAUAAAUUAAGAAAAGCCUUACCUUUCAACAAAAGAUAUAAUUUCAAAAUCAGGUUUUGUAAUCUGUUGAAAAAACUGAUAGCAUGACUUCCUUUGAGGAUUAUCCUUGAGCUCAACAUGUAUUUGAUCCGCUCAGAAGUAAUAACUGAAGCUGAGUUCCCCAGUUCUUACGUCUUUCAGGGUUCUGAUUUAUCCCAGCUGGCUACACAGUCUGCCUGUCUGAACGCUAAUCUUGUAUAUUUUCCACAAUAGACAAAAGUCAAGACAUUAUCUACCACUGUCAUUCAUAAAAGUUAGUUUUGCUUAUGCAUUUAAGGGAAUUUGAGGUUAUUUUUCAGCUGCAGUAUUUAAAGGGAGCAACUUUAUUUGCAUCAAAGUUCUUGUGUUGCUUUUUGGUUAUGAACUGUUCAGAAGAGGAAAUUAGUAGCCGUUUACAUGGUGCCAAAUCUGGGAGGGACAGAAUAUGAUCUUUAUUGAGUGGUGCGUGCUUUAACCUUGAAUUCUUUAGAAAUGGAAUGCAAUUGAAAAUUUCAGAUGACAUUUUUUUGCUCAACUAUGAAACAGGCUGCAAAACAAGACCAUUUGGGAAGCAAAAUGACCAAAAGCUGAAAUAGAUCUAAUCUGUGAUGCUUAUGGCAUUCUUCACUAAGUAAAACUCCCCACCCAGAACAGGUAAUUAAACUAUUUUUGAAUGCCAGAUGGAUUAAUCUGGUAUAUCUUUGCAUCUUGAAAUAAAAAACACAAUGUAGACCAUAGCACUGGAAGCUCCGAUGCUGCAAAGUAAUGGAGCAUAAUUAUCACAGAAGUCACUUAGAGUUGAGAAAGGUACAGAGUGUCGCGAGGAAGGAGCUAGGCCGGCCCUGUCCUUGCUGAUGUGAUGGGUCCUCCACUUUGGCUCCAGGCGAAGGCUCCUGAGGAUGCCUGAUUCAUCACAGAUCUUUGCUUUAUUUUGGCUUCAUUACUGUGCUCUGAGCCAUGUACUUGACGUUUCCUGGGGGAAAGGCUAUGUAUAAAAAUUUCAGUAUUAGGAACCCAAUUUGGUGUUCUGUGUGCCUGGUGAACCUUACCUGAGCUGGGUGAGAACUGAGUGGCUUCCUUCUGCAGCUGUGGAUGCAGUCUCGUUAGGGGCAUAGCUUCCAGGAUGUGUCAUGGUUCAUGGGAUGGUGGGAGGGAUGAUAGGAGCAGUUUGCGCUUGCUGUCAGCUGCUUCCUUUGUUAAUGCUUGAGCUGUCCCUUUUACUUGUCAGUAUUUCCUUAUCAUCCACUCCAGUCAUGACAGUUGGUGGAGUUACUGAUGGUGGCAGCAAUCAGGAGGGAUUCCUGCCCCAUCAGAAAACUGGUGCAGAGGGGAAAGGUGACGAAAUUGGCGGAUUCUGCUAUUAGCGCUAAACACCGAGUGGUCCAGAGAUGCUUUCACCUACAUGAAGAUCACAGAAGAGAUGGGCGUCAGAUGCUUGGAAACAACACCACCAGAAAGAAACAAGGAAAAUGAGUGAUAUUGCCGAAGAGUGUGGAUUUUAAGGUUUUUAAUAAGCCCAGCAAAAUAAACUUGCAACCAAAAGAAGAAAUUUUCCUGCCACUGCAAAUAGACAUAAGCACUUGGUAAAAUUGCCAAAUUUGGGGAAUAAAAAAAUUUCAAGCACAGUAUUGAACAGUUGGGGUCCGGAAGAUGUUCACCAAGGAAGGCAGUCUUGGCGAGGUCUAGAAGUGAGAAGACAAGAGGAAGAGAAGGGGAAAUGCUUACAGCAGAGCCCCUGGACCAGCAUCAGGGCCUUCUUGCCCCCACCAGACCUGAAUCACACACAGGGCAGGGCCCAGCCGUCUCCUACCAGCUCUCCAGGGGACUCUGGGGCACGCUGAUGUUUGAGAACCAUGGGCUUUGCCACAGUUGAAAAGAACUGUUUUAAUGUACCGGUAGCCCCCUGAGCUCUGAGGUGCUCUUAUAUUUCCCUCCAUAAAUAUAGAGAUGUUUUGUGUAUGAUUCUUUGCAGAAACUGUUAAUGUCUUUAUUUCCCAUACUUUCCCCCUCAACCUCCUGAAAGAUCACCUGGAAAUAUCGAGAAAGGAUGAUGUGGAGCAAAGUGCCAUCAAGGCUGUAUUCAGAUGGAUGGAAACAACCUUUUAAAAGUGGAUUAAAAUAUAACCAUGAAUUUUUAGUCUGUGAGUGAUAGUCAUUUUUCAAGUUGGCAGUAAAACAUUUGUGUAAGAUACUGCCAUCCAUGAUUUUAUGACAUUUGUUCACUGUUUCUUAAUUUCAUGGGAAAAUGUCAUGUAUUUUCUGGUGUCAUAAUUAUGAAGCCUUUAAAGUAUGGCUCACAAAAAUGAAAAAAAUAUUAUAAUUGGAAGAAAAACCACCCUGCGUACAUAGUGUUUAUAAUAAAUACUUGUUGAGUUGUUGGUAAUCUUUUGCUAGGACUUAGUCUCAGCACUUAGAGCAUGUAAAAAUCAAUUUUCAGUUAUCCCACUUAAUCAUACCCUGUUGCCUUUGUUUUACAUUUCAGGUAGUGCUUCUGCAGGGGUUGGGGACCAGUAGCAACAGUAUGUUAUAUAUUUUUUUUGUUGUCUGACUCAUGGAUCCAGCAUUUCAGAGUACAGUACUCUAAAGUUUUGAAGGGAAAUCAUGACCACUUUUUUCUUUAGAUUUUAAUUUGUGUGAAUUGGGCAGGACCCUCCCUUACCAAAGCCUACGAACUCAAGCUCUCUCUGGUGAUACAUGUGGCUAGGGAGGAAUUCUCUAGUAUUCCCUCGGAUGCUCAUGUGGUUUUGUGGCUGGGUCUUAAUUUAUAAAGGAGACUGAAUGACAACAUGAAGAGGUUGGUGCCAUUGAAACAAAACUUUGAUGUUAUUCACAGGUCCCCUAGAAAUGAUACACAGCCCAUUAAUUAUUAGGGCCACAGGAUAAACCCCAGGUUGGUCAGGAGGCAGAAGGCGGGAGCAAGUGGUAGGUUUAGCCCAGAGCUUCAUCACGGUUCCUCCUGGAAGGCAGAGCAGGGAGGGGGAGCAGUUUAGGAAUGGCUAGUUUGGUUAGGCUGACAAAUUCCAGGGCCCCUGGGCUGUGGCGUGGUUUCUGCCUGGUACCUGACUCUGGGAUGAUUGCUUCCUGGGGUGUGCAUGCCAGUGGAGGAGGCAGGGCUCCCUCAGACCUGGUUAGCUUGUCGAUCAAAAGCAUGCCGCUGGCUGAGUCCUUUAAUAUUUCUAAGAAUUGGCUAGCCCUGGGAGGGGUGGUCUCUUCCAGCCAGGAAGGUUUCUUAAGAUAUCAAAACAUGGUAAUAUACUGAAAAUUAAAAACAUGAUUGAUACACAUGUGUAGGCUGCUUAGCUCUCCAAUUUUUGCAGUCUUGAAGCACCACAUAAUUUUUCUUCUCCAUCUU